AAUUGGAAAUGUUUUCUUGUGCUCAAAAUUCCAGCACAACGCUCCUUCCUUCGUAGCCAGGCCCCUUCCAACAAACACACAUUUCCAUACCUGCCUGGGUAAACAGUGACUGACGUGGACUCUGUCAACUGAGCAGGUGCGUUUCACCACCGCAUGUUGUCCACUGGUUACGCGCAAAUCUUCGCGGCUUACCUACCUUACCAUAUAACCUAGAGCCAACCUAUUUCCUGGUGCUCUCGACCCGCCAGCAACAAUCCCUUCCCAGUCCGACUCUCGAGGCAAUGACCCGCAGCCGCCUCGGGACCUAAAAUAUAUUGGACUACUUUUUUCCUCGAAAAAAGAGAAUCAUGAAGAUCCAGAACCUGUCGGUCAUCAUCACCGCCGCCAUGGCUUUUCCCUCAACCGUUCAGGCUAGGGAGAACGGUCACGCCGACAAUGUCAAACUCGCCCAUAACAAUGCCAACCUCUCCGAUAAGACCUACCAUUACUCGACAUACGAGCUCUCCAACGGCGAAUGGGUCCACAGGCCGGAAUACAGCAAAGGAACCAAGCCCGGCGGCUAUGAAGGCAUUUUGGGCCGACCCUACUUUAUUCAUUUAGACAAGUAUUGCAAUCCGUCCUACCCGGAUUCCAAGACGGUGUAUAUUAGAGUACACAAUGACGAUGUGAUAAACUGUGCAUACUGGACGGGAUUUCCUAUAGAGUUCAUUGAGAAUCAGAUCGCAAAAGGCAGGGAAGCCGAAAUAUAAAGCAUAGUAGUGAAUUUUAGGGAAUAAAUAUAAAAUAGAAAAGAGAGGAGGUGGAGGGAGUGGAGGUGAAGAAGGAGGUGAAGAAGGAGGUGAAAAGGGAGGUGAGCAAGCAGGUGAAUCGAGACCAGGGAAUAUAUAUUCGCAGAGAAGCACGACGAUCGGGAGAGAACGGUUCACAAUUACCCCGUCGGACUGCAAAUGAAAAGUCACAUAGCCUGGCGGCAGCAUCAUUGUACAUUUAAAUAUAAUACAAACAGCACGCUCGCACAAGUCGUACCAUCCGGAGUACCUACGAUACUUGCUAGCACUCGUCGCUUGUAUCUUGCC